AAGCAGGUCCUAUAAGGAACAAUGGCUGAUGCACCGAGAAAAUCCAAGAUUUCCUCAGGUCGUCGGCUAGGCCUGAAGAUUAAGAUGUUAAACACGGCCCAAGAGAUGCUGAUAGUGGAGAAGGAGGAGAAGAAGAAAGAGAGAGACUCCAUCCUGAGCGAAAGGGUUCCACCAUUAAAGCUCUCAGGCCUGUCAGUCCAGGAGCUACAGGACCUUUGCAGGGAUCUCCAUCACAAGAUUGAUGUUGUUGAUGAGGAGCGGUAUGACAUCGGAGUAAAGGUGGCAAAAAAUGACAAGGAGAUAGAGGACAUGAGCCAGAAGAUCUUUGAGGUGAAGAGCAAGCUGAAAAGGCCUGCGCUAAAGAGAGUGAGGAUUUCAGCUGAGGCUAUGCUCAGUGUCCUUCUGGGCUCCAGGCACAAGGAGUCCUUUGACUUCAAGGCCAAUCUGAAGACAGUGAAGAAAGAGGAAGAGAAGAAAGAAGAGGUGACUGACUGGCGUAAGAACGUGGAGGCCAUGUCUGGCAUGGAGGGCAGGAAAAAGCUGUUCGAUGCUGGUGGACAAUAAAUGGUCACUGAUGAACUCUGUAUGAGCCUGUAUCUGACCACUGGCUGCUGCAGAGAACAAGAGAGAUGGAAGAAGAACGUUGAAAACAUCUUCAUGAAAAAUGGACACUUGAAGGGAACUGAAUGAUAUCUUCUAUUGUUGUAUUCUUUUUUCUACUUCCUAAGGCAUUGUUUUGACAUUUUCCACACUGAGCACUACAAGAGACUGAUGUUGUUCAAUUCUGCCUUGAAAUCAGGCUUAGUGAUAUAACAGAUUAUAGUAGUAGAGGAGAAUGAGACGCAGCCUAAUACAGGGUUGUCAAACCACUAAAAGGGCCUUAUUAAAAAAUCUCAACAAAUCUGUGGGUCAGAGAACAGCAAUGUUUUUAUUGCUAUAACCUGAGCUGACCAUUGUUUAAUCAAAAUAUGCAAUAACUUUAGCAGUAAAAUAUGGACACCUGUAGUAGACCUUGAAAUAUUACAUGAAUACUUGAAAUAUUCAAACUUCACACUGAAUUAGAUACCUGGCAUCCUUUCAGUAAUGCAAUUUCUAAGCUGCUGAGCAAAUGUUAAGUGUAUAUUGUAUGUAAUGUAUAUAAUAUAGUAUAUUGGUUGGACUGCAGCUGAAAUGCAGCUAGUGUGUUUAGUGAUAGGACUGAUGUGGAUUGUGUAGAACUGGGUAAAAUUGAGGUGUAACUGCUGUCCCAUAGACUGCUGUUGCAGUGCAUGCUCGGGAUUGUAGUGCAGUGCAUUGUGAAAUGGGCUGAUAUUAACAGAAAAUUAAAAUACUUUUGCGGGCCAUAUUGGAUUGUGUCUGGGCCUUGUGUUUGACACAUAGGACCUAAUAUAUUUUGUUUUUGCUAAAUAAUUAAUAAAUAAUUAAUUAAUUACAAGUAUUUGAGAAAGAUUUAUCACUUUGUUUCCAGUGCCUAAUGUUUAUGCUGAAAGCAGAGUGAAUGUAAACUUACCCCAAAGCCUUUCAACCUAAAUAAACAAAAGUAAAUAAACAUCAUUAGUGGACAAAAGCUUUUUGUCUUACGUGGCAAAUUUUUGACUGGUAAGUAGAAGAGCAAAUAUGAUAAUGUUGAAAUAUAUUGUAUUUAAAUGAUACCUGUAGUAUGUUUUUGAUUGAUCUGUUUUGCAUUUAUAUGGGGCUACAUGGUUCUUGAGAAAGGU